AGUUGUAAAUCCUAGCUGUGUUAAUGCUCCGUGAUAAACUAAACUUAAUUUAAGUAUAAUGGGGACAGAAAUAGCAAUAUCAUUUACGUCUUUACGUAAUCAACUAGAAAAUGAAAAAAGUAGUUUGUUUAAAAUAGACGAAAACAUUAAGAAAAUCGUCCAAACUUCCGGACGGUUUUCCAAUGAUAGGUUUAAUCAAUCCUCGCAUUAUACAAGAGGUGGACAACAAACUGGUGGACGGAAUUCUUACGUGGAUUUCAAAAAUCACAAGAUAGACGAUCAAUUAGGGAAACGUAAAACUGAAACAAAAACGGUUUUUAGCAGAUUGUCAGUAAGAGACCAAGAUAGUGACUGUGAUGAUGACAUCCCAAGUGUCAAAAGAGCAAAAGUACCGUCAGCAGUAUGCCGUGAAUUGCCAACCAGAGCAGCGGUGCUACGAGCACAGGGGGAUGAUGAGCAAGCGAGGACAAGAAAUAGAAGAAUAUUUGGAUCACUCCUUGGUACAUUACAGAAGUUCAAACAAGAGGAAAUUGUAUUACAGACUAAGGAGGAAAAGAAAGCACAAGUAGAACGUAAAAUAGAAGAACAGGCGAGAUUACAAAAGGAAAAAGAACAGAAAGAGAGAAAGACGUUAUUCGCUGAAAGGGAAAACAAGAAAGCUACAAUCAAAGCCUUAGAGGUGAAGAUGGCAAGAGUUGAAGAGUUUGAAAAAUGGGAGAAAUCACAAAAGGAUCUUGCAAACUUUAUUCUUACUAAAACACGUCCACACAUUUAUUGGUUGCCCAAGAAGAUGACGGAAAAGGCUACGGAAAAGUUGAAUUCUAGUAGAAAGUACCAUGAAAAAUGUAUGAUCAAGAAACGACAAGAACUUCAAGAAGAAUUGCAACGAAUAGAGCAUAGAUGUUUACGUCGUGGUCCAGGAACCAAAGAGAACAAUCCGUCAGCUCAAGACAAGAAGGACAGAGAAGAUAAUGACAAAAUAGUGACUGUGAAGAAUGAAGAUGAUAACGGAAGAAAGAGAAACAAAUUUGCAAUGGAUGUGGAUGAGAAAGAAAAAGAAGAAAGUGAUGUAGAUGAGAGAACUGAAGAAGUUAAAAAGGAUAAAGCUGAGGAAGAUAUUGUUAAGGAAAACGAUGAAAAAAUGGACACAAGUACAGAACAGCAAGAAGUAAACACUGAAAUAAAUGAAAUUGAGAACGAAGUUGCACAGACAGAAGAAAGUACAAAUAUAGAGACUCAAGAAACCGUAGUCCAAGUUACAGAACAAGAACCUAUAGAUACAGAACAUUCCCAAUAGCGCAUGGUAGUUAAAUAGUUGACAUACAAAAUGGUGAAUCAAGAUGGCAAGUAAGUUUUCUAAUAAAGGUAUAAGCAAUAUUUUACUCCGUAAAUGAUAUAAUUUUUUAUUAAUUGUCAGAUUUUCAAUAACAUCUUAUAUGCCGCAUAUAUUUACUGGACUCUGACUUGACAGUACUGGAAUAGAGAUCAAUCGUACUCGCCAGGUAAGUCGACUGCGCAGAA